AUGCGACGGAAACGGCUUCCAAACAUCAAGCCGCGGCCGCCGACUGCAAGGUUGCAGCUUCUUAUCUUGAUUCUCAUCGGGGCGUGCUUGGCUGCCUACAUGACUACAAGGAUGAAGAAACUACCACUAGUGAAGCUAGGACACGCUCCAAGGCCACAACAUUUUUCCAGGCCUUUGCUGCCGCUCGACCAGGUAUUCAUAAAGAUCGACUCCGGUUCAGUGCAAGGAACAAUUGUGACCACGUCAGAAGGAGUCAGCGUGCGUGCCUUCUUGGGAAUUCCGUUCGGAGAAUCAACCGAAGGUCGCAACAGGUUCCGCAAGCCUAUACCCGUGAGAGCGUGGAAUGGCACGCUUAACGCGACUAAGGCGAGGACUCCCUGCGUUCAGGAGUCAUAUCUGUCGCAAGCCAUGCGUAUAGACAACGCUAACACGACCGAGGACUGCUUGCACCUGAACAUCUGGGCGCCUAUUCAGCAACACCCCGGAGAGCCCAAGAAGGCAGUCAUGGUUUACUUCUACGGGGGAUCCUUCACGCACGGCGGCAACAGUUACUUCUUUUACGACGGUCGCUACAUUUCGAGCAUCGGCGACGUCGUAUUAGUCGUUCCGAACUACAGGCUCGGUGCUCUCGGGUUCCUGAACGCGGGCACGCCAGACGCGCCGGGAAACGUGGCUCUGCAUGACCAGAUACUGGCGCUCUCAUGGGUCAAGGACAACAUUGCUGCCUUUGACGGGGACCCGAACCGAGUCGUCCUCUUUGGCCAAAGUGCAGGCGCAAUCUCGGUGAGCUUCCUGCAGAUAUCGCCCCUCACGCGCCACCUGUACAGGCGAGUCAUCCUGCAAAGCUGCUCGGCUUUGGUGCCACUUCCCGAGAAUAGCCGCGACGUGGCGUUCGCGAACAUGAGACACAUAGCAAGCGCCACCAACUGCACCAGGGCGUUUCCGAACGGCAACUUGUCAGCCGUGGACACAGUCAGCUGCCUGAGAACCGUCGAUGCCAAAGUUCUCGUUGACGUGAAAGGAGCAUUUUUUUAUCCCAGCUUCUACGACGAAGUCCUACCGCAACCUCCAAUUGAGCUGCUCAAGUCGAUGGACUUCAGAGACCACGAAAUGUUAAUCGGAAACACGCUGCGCGAAGGUGACAUGUUUUUCGAAGCGAUGUUUGGACAGAAGAAGCGAUCGUCUACUACGCCCGGAGGAUCGCGCCUCAGCCUGGACGCAAUAGCGAAAGCGUACGACUUCUUCUACAAGCGCACUGGCUUCGUGAAAGCGCUGUUUACGCUGGCGCAAAUACAGCGGCUGUACGACUUCACUAGCAAGACUUACGAAGGAUUCAAGGACGCCGUCGGUGACCUCCUGUUCAACUGCCCGACCAAGUUUUUCGCCAAGUACUUCGUGGAGCAAAAUGGCUCUGCAUUCUACUACGUGUUGACGCCAAGGCCGUCGUUCAGUGCCUGGAACUCUACAGCUGCGACGCACACGGAUGACGUAUCGAUCUUGUUUGGCCUACCGUUCAUACUUCCCGGUAAAGCUUCUGACGCAGAACGCUAUCUUAGUAGACGACUCAUCCGCAUAUGGACAACGUUUGCAAAGAAUGGAAAACUGCCAAAAGUCAAGGGAAAGGCGUGGCCUCUAUAUUUAGACAACACCAGCGUUGCUAUCAACACUGCCAAUUUUUCUUUGCUACAAGCGUUUCGAAGCAUGAACUGCGAGACACUGAAGAGUUUUAUCUUGACAUAAGAAAUGUGGUGUUCUCAAUAUGAACUUUCAAGCACUGGGACGUACAAGCCUACGGAUACUGGACGCAAGCUUGUUCGCGGACUCUAUUGUCUUUUAUUGUAUUAUGAAGGUGUGAUGCAUAUGUAACGCUAAUGAGGCGUUUAAC